AUGCUGGUGCACGUGAUGCGAGAAUACAAUCUCAACAGGGUGUUCUUAUCGUGGUUGGGUCUUUGGCCGUUUCAGAGUAGAGUCAUGAGACGCCUGUUACCAUUCUGUUAUCUCUUAAUUGACAUCUGUUACUCCCCGAUGGAGGUGUUAAUGAUAUAUGAUCACUGGAACGACGCACAAGUACUUUUCGAAGGCUGUUAUCAGUGCGUCCUGUUGACUAUCUUCAUCGGGAAGCUGGUCAAUGAGAUUUGUAACAGCGACAAAAUUCGACAUCUAUACGAAGCCAUAGAAAACCAUUGGAAUAUAUUCACGAGCGAGUCGGAAGUUCGAAUUCUCAAAGACUACACCGUCGCAUCACAAAAAUUUACAAUAUUUUACUCGUUGUUGCUUUACUGUAUGACAACGUUAUUUAUAUCGAUACCGUUAGUACCGAUCUUCUUGGAUAUCGUACGGCCUCUCAACGAGUCACGUCCACGGACGCUCGCGGUUGUCGCUGAGCUACGGCUGGAUCAGGAUAAAUACUUUGUACUAAUUUUUUGUUAUCACGUUGGCAUCAUCGGAUUAGGCAUGAUAGUCAUGGUCGGCGUCGAUAGCAUGUACGUCGCUUUUACUGCUCACGCUUGCAGUUUAUUCACGAUCAUUAAUCGGCAACUGGAAGAGAUAACAUCGCAACUGUAUGACAACGAGACGAUUAAGAAACGCGAUCAUCCCGACAUCUUCGAUAUGCCGAGCGAACAAGUUUUGUACGAGAAAUAUAUCGUAUGUUUGAAAAAACAUCAGCUUGCUUUGGAGUUCGUUAAUACGUUCAAUUCCGCUUAUCAAAUGAUUUCGUUGCUCUUGUUAUUGAUGAAUGGUGCGACUAUAAGUGUGGUUGGAGUUCGAAUAGUUUAUAUAUUGGACCAGACGGAGAACACGAUAAGAUUCGGCUUUAUAGUCAUAGCGAUGUUACUCCAGCUCCUGAUCUUGUGUUACUCCGGCCAAAAGUUAAUAGACGAGAGCCAGGAUGUGUUCCACCGAGCAUACGCGGCGGAAUGGUACGAAUUUCCACCGAGGCUGAAAUCGCUGCUGAUCAUAACUCUUCACCGUGGCAUUGUACCGUGCGUUUUGACGGCGGGCAAAAUGAUACCAUUGUCGAUGACGACCUACGCCGCAGUAAGUACGAAGAGAGAGAUCCGCAAAUUCAUCGACAACGGCAAAUUUCAUCGCCACGUCUUGAUUCAAGGUAGUACGGACGGCUGUAUCUUACUUCAUGACCUUCCUCCCUCGAACAGAAAGCGUGAUAUCAUGCUGGAGCAUGUGCUGCGAGAGUACAAUGCCAACCGGAUAUUUCUGUCGCACUUGGGCCUUUGGCCGUUCCAGAGCAAACUGACGAGGACCCUUUUGCCGAUCCUUUGCCUAGUGCUCGAAAUAAGUUACUACCCGUUCGAGAUACUGAUGUUUUAUGAUCAUCGCGACGACGCACAAAUGAUCUUCGAGAGUUGCUACCAAUUGGUCAUUACGACCGCUUUCCUCGUGAGACUGUGGAAUGAGAUGUGGAAUCGCGACAAGUUUGGGCGUUUGUACGAAGCCAUGAACGCGCACUGGGAUAUAUUUACGGACGACUUGGAGAUUCGGAUUCUAAAGGAGUAUUCCACCGUGUCGCGAAAGUUCACGAUUUUCUACUCAACGAUGAUGUACCUUCUAAUGUCGAUGUUUGUGGUAAUACCGUUGACACCGGUGUUCCUGGACAUCGUGUUACCACUCAACGAGUCGCGUCCGCGAGUCUUGGCGAUCGACGUUGAAUUUCGCGUUGACCCGAACGAUUAUUUCAUACCGAUCUUUUGCUAUACCACCGCGAUCAUCGUCGUGGGCAUCAGCAUCAUGGUGGGCGCGGACACGAUGCAUUUCACCUGUACCACUCACGCCUGCUGUCUGUUCUCGAUUGUAGGCAAGCAAAUCGAGAACGUGUUGAAACAGGACGUGAGCAAAUGCGGCUACAGUGUGAACGCGGAACUCAAUUUGUCCGACGAGCGUGUGAUAUACGGGAGAUAUGUCGAUUGUUUGAGAAAAUAUCAACUCGCGCUAGAGUUUGUCAAUAUAUUGAAUUCAACGCAUCAAACAGCCGCGAUAUUUUUCCUGUUGCUGAUUGGUGCAACCCUGAGUUUGAUUGGAGUUCGAGUCGUCUAUGUAUUAGAUCAAGCGGAAGAGAUGUUUAGGUUUACGUGCAUAAUUAUGGGAGCGUUGCUGCAAUUGAUGAUCAUGUGUUAUUCCGGUCAGAAAUUAAUAGACGAAAGUCAGAAUGUGUUCCAUAGAGCAUACGCAGUGGAAUGGUACACUUUCUCGCCGAGACUCAAGUCCCUAAUGAUCAUAACUCUUUAUAGGAGCAUUGUACCGUGCAGUUUAACUGCAGGUAAAUUACUACCGUUGUCAAUGAUGACUUACGCCGGGGUGGUACGAACAGGCAUGUCUUACUUCACGGCAUUCUUGUCAUUCAAAGACUGA